AUAAAUCCGAGUGGCGCGCGCGAACACGAUUUAACAUCCUUUGGAAGCUCAACUGAAGCUCCACUGUGCACUGCGAAGCUUAACUGUUCUCUGCGAAGCUCCAGCUGCCCAGCUGCUCCAUUCCCGCAUUCAGUAGUUCACGUGGCGCGAUUGACGAAACGGUAACGUCCGCGGGUGUGUUUUUGUCGAAACUUGCAGGCUAACGGAGCAAACAACGUAAGACGCGAUGCUGUGAAUUGUGUGCUAAACAAUAAAACUAGCCAAUUUAUGGAAAUACAAUUUAUAACCAAAGCAAAGCGUGUAAAGUGGCCUGCGAGUGUGUGAGCGCCGAAGACGCUCAAUCUGCGCUCUGUGUGUGUGUGAGAGUGACAGCCUGAUAUAAAUAAACCGCAAUUUGCAUACAAUUUACUGUUUAUUGCUUUGAUUUUGUGAUUGGCGUCGUAAACUCCGUCGUUUCCCCCUAGCCACCGAUCGUCGGCAGGCGUCAGGGUAAUCAAUAAACAAAGUCAAGAACCAGUCACCGUCAUAACUGUAGGCACACAUGUAGUGUUUUUUGGAUAAAUGUUCAAAUAAAGUGUAAAAAAUGCAAAAAGCCGGCCAGUGGUACAAACACACAUACAAAAAGAAAAAGCCUUCUGCCCGAGUAGCCUCUUCUCGCAAGCAGCUGUUAUUGUUGCCUAUGAUGGUCGGAACGGGGUCAAAAGUUCGUGUCUUGGCCUGUUAUAUCCCCCGCUAAUUCAACCACACUCACUCGCAUGCAGACACACACACAGUAGAACAGAGAGAAACAGAGAACGGAGAGGAGAAGUGUUCCUCAAGUGCAGGCAAAGACAGAGCGUCGCCCCGUCUGGCAGACAAAGCAUUAGACAAGUGCCGUUCCAGGCCCAGGCCCACACACCCCAAAAGCCUAGACAAACUAGGCCAAUACGCGAGAAAGCAGCCUAAAACAGGGGAGGAGCUGAAGUGCAAGACCCAUGAGCAGGCAAAGACCAGAGCCAGAGCCUAAGACUUGCAGAACAUAACGGUACAGAACAGAACAGAACAGAACAGAGGGGAGAGGCAUUGCAAGACUCAACCGGAGAAAGAGCAGAAGAGGAGGAGUAGUAGGAGGAGUACCAGUGUGCCCACCCAAAAAACACACUGCAACACACACAUACGACUACAAAAUAUAAUAAAGACAAAAGUGAAAAGUUGUAUCUCUCUCUCGCUCUCUCGGGCCAUUUGUCAAUGACUGCAACUGUGUGUGGAGUGACUUCUCGCGUGACUGCCAUCCGACAUCCAAUGCCCGUAUCCGUGUCUCGUGUCCCGUGUCCCGUGUCCCGUGUCUGAGGGGGGAAAGCACCACGCGGAAGUGGAAUAACUGCUGAAACAGACUCCCAGGACAAGGACUACUCCAAAGCAGGACCACUCGCGCGGCCACAAUUCGUGUAGGAGCGGAGGACUACGACGAGCCUGGCCGUAAAACAGAGGCGGCAAAUAGAAAAAGCCAAACGGCAAACGCCAAGCAGUAAGCAGCCAUCCAGGCAACCAGCGCCAUCUAGCCUUUGUCUGUCUGAAGCGAAGCCCUGGCAAUUGGCCAAGUUAAUAGAGAAAGCCAGAGACAGAGCCGGGAGGCCCGAUAAUGACGUUGUUGCAGCUGCAGCCAGCUGCUUCUGCCAGCAACCCGAUGAUGAUUCUGCUAACUUGGUUAUUGCUGUCGGCAUAGACACAAAAACAUAGAACCAGAAGCAGACGCAGGCACAGACACAGCGAGAGACAACAAGAACAAAAAGAUAAAGCUGCCACCCACUCGACAGCCCUCGUCCAAGAGCAGGCCAUCGUCCAGGCUCACUGCAUUUCCGCAUCUUGUUCCUGUCGCCGCCAUCAUCCAGGCAUCGUGGCCAUCGCCAUGCCACUCCACAAGGCACACAGCAUCUGCGUGGCCAGGGUGCUGCUCCUCGUCGUGAUUGUGAUGAGCGAUAUGACAAAUGGCGGCGUGCAGGGUCCCAUCGAGGGCUACAAUACGCUGGAAGAGAUGAUGAUGACAACGACAGACAGAGCACAAGCAGCCAUGCUCCUGCCUACAGCGCCCACUGUCGCCUACACGCAUCCCAAAUGGCUGGAGCCGUACUUCGAUCCCUCGACACCGCGCAAUGUCACCGCCCUUAUGGGCAAGAACGCCUAUCUCAGCUGCCGUGUGCGCAAUUUGGCCAACAAAACGGUAUCGUGGAUACGCCACCGCGACAUACACAUACUGACUGUCGGCUCGUACACCUACACCUCCGAUCAGCGGUUUCAGGCCACCCACCAUCAGGACACCGACGACUGGACGCUGCAGAUAAAGUGGGCCCAGAAGAGGGAUGCGGGCAUGUACGAGUGCCAGAUAUCAACGCAGCCGGUUCGAAGUUACUUCGUCCGCCUGAAUGUUGUCGUGCCAACGGCUACCAUCCUGGGAGGACCUGACCUUCACGUUGAUAAAGGCAGCACCAUAAAUCUCACUUGCACUGUAAAGUUCAGCCCCGAACCACCGGCCUACAUCUUCUGGUAUCAUCACGAGGAGGUCAUUAAUUAUGAUUCAUCAAGAGGCGGCGUGUCGGUAAUUACCGAAAAGGGCGAUGUGACAACCUCAUUUCUGCUCAUACAGAAUGCAGAUCUGGCCGAUUCGGGCAAAUACUCCUGUGCCCCCUCGAAUGCAGAUGUGGCCAGUGUGCGUGUCCAUGUCCUAAAUGUUCGGGCCAUAAUUUCAGGUGAACAUCCGGAGGCAAUGCAAACUGGCUCAUCCGGUUGUCAGUACAAUUGGCUGACAAUUGUCCUGCUGCUGGCCCUCGUAAUGUCCUACAGUCAACAAUGCACAGCCGCAUUGCCACCUCAGUUGCCAGGGGCAGCUGCAACAGCAGCAGCGGCCAGUGAAAGUGCAACUGCCACGGCCACAUCGAGAAAGCGUUGCUCUGCGGUCGCCAGCUGCCGCCAAGCCGCAAGCCACGGCAACACUCAGACCCAGGCUCAAUCCCAGGCCAAACGCCACUGUCACAGAUGAUCGAAUGGAGGCAACAAAGGCGAACAGCAGCAGCAACCACAACUAUAUAGCGUAAUGUAAGGAGACACAUGAAAUGUGUAAAGCGUGCAAGUGAGUAUAAGCGAGUCUCCGAGUGAAUGGGCAAUUGAGUGUUUGCUAUUCCGUCAUAAGUGUGUCAGUUUUAAACUAUGUAGAAAGAACUCAAAGUGGAAGAGUGGCAACCGAAGCACUCAGCAUUUGCUACACAAUGUGGCACAAUGGCGUAGUAUUUGCAACUAUAAAAACUCUACAUUAAAAUCUGCAUUCCCCAAGAGACAAACAAUCAGAAGAUAGCUCCAAAAUCUUUGACUUUCAGCAUAUUUUUCAACCGUCAUUGAAAUCUGUUAAUUAAAAUAUAAUUAGCCAAGCGAGGGGGAUUAAUUCUGAAUUCCCUUUCCAUUUGCCACCGCCAUUGUAAAGCAUUGUAAGCGUCUAUAUAAAUAUGUGUAUGUGUGUAAGCCAAUAGAUUACCGUUUAAUGUGUAUGUUUAAACAGCAAAAAAAGAGAAAACAGAAAUCAAAACUAACCAUAGUGGUGGGUGGGAGUGGAGUGUAAAUAACAAACUUAAACGUAAUUGCAGCAUUGCAUAAAUGCAGAGAGGCAAACAGAAUGUAUCACAAAAGUACGAUAGGAGUGAGUAAUCUCUGGCCAGCGGCGUGGACUCUUUUUAAUAUAUUAAUGAAUAAUCAAAUAAUGUGCAGAAGCUCCAUAUUCCAUAAUUAGAUAAAAACGUAGCCUUGUCUGCCUGCCAGCAGACAGCAGCAGCAGCAGCAGCAGCAGCAUCGAGCCAUAAAACAUUCAAUUUGAUGCCAUAUCAAUAUCAUGCAAAUAUUUGCACUGCGCAAUUUUCCGCCAACACAAAUGUAAAUUCAAUUUACCCCUCCCUCAAACAAAAACUAAAAGGCAGAAAAUGAAAGCAAAUCCAUUUAUUUAUUUCUUAUUACAACGGCAUUUAGUGUCACUAUUCAAUAAUUUCACGAGGUUCUACAGUGAGGUGAAAACAUUUGAUUUCAGUUCCAAAAAUGCAGAGAGAGAAUUUUUCAAUGUUUUCUUCGAUAAUAUUGGCAGCUUAAAAGUUUAUUUAAUUUCCGUUUCCAACUUUAAUUACAUUUUUAUGUCUCUAUUAGACGGCCGAUUCCAUGAAUAAUCAUGUUUCAUAAUUAUUUAAAAAAUUCAGAUAAUUACAUCGACUGACACAAAUGCCGGCAAAGCAUAUAAGUAUGCCAUAACGUAACAAAACUCCCCUGGUCCCCCUAUCAAAUUGCAUAAAUUGAUUGUAUUAAGCAAUGAUACUCCAACUAUGUGAAAUGUG